UCAAUCUCCAUUAGAAACCUUAACACUCUGACAGACAACGACAAGCCCCCUGAAAGCAAAUGAGUUUGAUUUAUUUGGCUGUAAAAACACCCGGAACCGCACCGAGGACGCGGUGACGCUUGUGUGCGGUUAACCUGGCUGCGUGUUUGUCCGUGAUGCUGCUCGGUUUGCGCACUGUUGAUUGUUUUUGAGCAAGUCUGCCGCUGCUGCUGCUUGAGUUUUGUGCCCUGCAGACUUCCUACUGCUGGAUAAUUUUACUGCUGCUUUCCUCUUGUGGCCCGAGAGCUCAGGAGAAGGGAAGGAGAGAAAAAAACAAGUGACUUGGAUCGGCCCCCUGUCCCGUCAAGCUGCAGCAUCGGGGGAAACCGAACCACUGGCCUGAGCUGGGUGGAGCAGUGACCGCCUGUAGCAUGAUGUCCUACCUCAAACAGCCCCCCUACGGCGUCAACGGCCUGGGGCUGAGCGGCGCUGCCAUGGACCUGCUGCACCCCUCAGUGGGCUACCCAGCGACUCCCAGGAAGCAGCGGAGGGAGCGGACAACCUUCACCCGCUCCCAGCUCGACGUCCUGGAGUCUCUAUUCGCCAAAACCCGCUACCCGGACAUCUUUAUGCGGGAGGAGGUCGCACUGAAAAUCAACCUGCCCGAGUCCAGAGUCCAGGUGUGGUUCAAGAACCGGAGGGCCAAGUGUCGCCAGCAGCAGCAGAGCGGCAGCAGUGCCAAAGCCAGGCCGCCUAAGAAGAAGUCUUCUCCGGCCCGAGAGAGCACCGGAUCAGAGAGCAGCGGCCAGUUCACGCCUCCUGCCGUCUCCAGCACGGGCUCGUCCUCGUCCUCGUCCUCUUCCACCAAUCACACGGGCCCGGCGGCGGCGCUCAGCAGCACCUCUACCUCCAUCAGCACCGUCUCCUCCAUCUGGAGCCCCGCUAUCUCCCCCGGAAACGCUCCCGCUCCAGCCGUGGCCCCUCUCCCUGAGCCCGGACCCCCUUCUAACGCCUCCUGUAUGCAGCGCUCAAUGUCAGGCUCCGCCGCCGCCGCCACCUCCUACCCCAUGUCCUACAACCAGACGCCGGGCUACGGCCAAGGCUACCCCGCCCCCUCCAGCUCCUACUUCAGCGGCGUGGACUGUGGCUCCUACCUUGCCCCCAUGCACUCCCACCAUCACCCCCACCAGCUCAGCCCCAUGACGGCCUCCUCCAUGUCAGGCCACCCGCACCACCACAUCAGCCAGUCGUCAGGCCACCACCACCAUCACCACCACCACCAGGCCUACGGCGGCUCCAGCCUGGCCUUCAACUCCUCCGACUGCCUGGAUUACAAAGAGCAGACUGCGGCCUCCUCGUGGAAGCUCAACUUUAACACCACAGACUGCUUGGACUACAAAGACCAGGCCUCCUGGAGGUUCCAAGUCUUGUGAUCAGGCUUUUUUUUUUUUUUUUUUUUUUUUCCUCCUCCCUGCUCGUCUGCUCCCUCUUCUUUUUGUUUUCCAGAUUAGCUUGUUUUUUUUUUUUUUUUUUUUAAAAGACAAAAAGAGUUUAUGAACCAUAAGAUAGCAGCAGCUCCUUCUCGUCUCCACUUUUAAAAAUUAAAAAUUUUAAAAAAAGAAGAGAAACAGUCCCUCAAAAGUCCUGUGAAGAGAACAUGAAAAGUUGAUCAGGAGCAGCAGAAGAAGAAGAAGAAGAAUGGGUUUUUAAAAGACGCCCCCCUUCUUGGAUGACCUUAAGAAAACCAAACUGGUUUUUUUGUUUUGUUUUUUUUUCUCAAUUCAUUUCAACCAAACUCCUUUGACCACCAGCUCUCUGGCUCUCUGGAUGGGAGGAAUAUUUUCCCCUCUGGUGCACCGACAGGAACUGCCUGCCGUUGCUCCCCCCCUUCGUCUUACCUCCAACCCAAUCAAAAAAAAAAAAAAACAACAAAAAAAAAACUCCUGUAUAGUUUUUAUUUCUCAAAAUUUGUUAUUUUAGAAUGACAGAGAUUUUUAGUCAGCUACAUCGAGGAGCUGAAAUAUGUAAAUAUGUAUUUGGGUCAGUUACAGUGACCAUGUUUAGUUGGUGUUUUUUUUCCCGAAUUUGAAAAAUUGUUUAUUACCACUUUGGGAGAAAAAAAAAGGAAAAAAAAACUGUAUGUAAAUCUUUCCAAAUAUUCCAAAGAUAAACAAAUUGGCCAUAAAGUUUCAGCUUUUAUAUACAUUGUUUUACUCAGCAAAUUUGAAAAAUGUCUUGGAAAACUCUCUAAAUCUUAAAAAUAAUAGAUGCAGAAAUAUUCUGGCUACAUUUUUUUGUUUUCCGGAUGAUAUAUAGCCUCUACAUUUUCAAAGCAGACCUCCUCCUCCUUCCUCCUCCUCCUCCUCCUCCUCCUCCUCUUCCUCUUGGGCAUUGUCGUGAUUAUUGGACAUGUUUGAACCGCAGCACUUGGCUUGAUUAUUGGAGUCAAAACAUUUUUUUUUUCUUUUUCUGGAGAGGAAAUGUGGAUUUAUAGCUCCAAAAAUGACAGUGAGAUGUUGAAUGUAUCUUUAAGGCGACCACCUUUACAUACAUGUUCAUCCAAUAAAGAUCCGUUAAGUCA